AAGAUGGCGGGCGGCGGGGAAUCGCUUCCGCUUCCGGUGUGAGCGGCCGGGCCCGGGGGGAGGGGGCAAGAUGGCGGCGGCAGUAGGGGUCCGCGGCCGGUGCGAGCUGCCGCCUUGCUCCAGCCCAGGCUGGCUCUUCAGCCUUUCCGCCUUGCUGAGUGUGGCGGCACGAGGGGCCUUCGCCACCACGCACUGGGUCGUUACGGAGGACGGGAAGAUCCAGCAGCAGGUAGCGGCCUGGGAGUCCCUCUUCGCCCGUGCCCGCCCUCGCCCCGGGGGGGAUUCCCCGGUCCGGCCCCUAGCUGUGUGGCUCCGCGCGGCUCCGCCCCCAGCCUACCUUCCCACGGUGCCGGCACUGCGACCCCAGCGCUCCCUGCACUCAGACACGAAACAAUUGGUUGCUCAAAAAAUUCACAUAGAAGAAAAUGAGGACAGAGACACAGGACUGGAACAGAGACAUAAUAAAGAAGAUCCAGACUGCAUCAAAGCCAAGGUCCCCUUAGGGGACCUGGAUCUCUAUGAUGGCACAUACAUAACUCUGGAAAGCAAAGACAUCAGCCCUGAAGAUUAUAUAGACACAGAAUCUCCUGUCCCUCCAGACCCUGAGCAACCUGAUUGUACUAAAAUUCUAGAACUUCCAUAUAGUAUACAUGCUUUUCAGCAUUUGAGAGGUGUACAAGAGAGAGUUAAUCUUUCUGCACCUCUAUUACCUAAAGAAGAUCCAAUCUUCACAUAUUUAUCUAAAAGGUUAGGAAGAAGUAUAGAUGACAUAGGUCACCUCAUUCAUGAAGGCCUACAGAAGAACUCUUCCUCAUGGGUACUGUAUAACAUGGCUUCGUUUUACUGGAGAAUAAAGAAUGAGCCAUAUCAGGUAGUGGAAUGUGCCAUGCGAGCACUUCACUUCUCUUCCAGGCACAAUAAAGACAUUGCCCUGGUCAAUUUGGCAAAUGUUCUACACAGAGCACACUUCUCUGCUGAUGCUGCUGUUGUGGUCCACGCAGCUCUGGAUGACAGUGACUUCUUCACUAGCUAUUACACUUUGGGGAAUAUAUAUGCAAUGCUUGGGGAGUAUAACCACUCAGUGCUCUGUUAUGACCAUGCUUUACAGGCCAAACCUGGGUUUGAGCAAGCUAUAAAGAGGAAGCAUGCUGUGCUAUGUCAGCAAAAACUCGAGCAGAAAUUAGAGGCUCAACAUAGAUCUCUCCAGCGAACACUGAAUGAGUUAAAAGAGUAUCAAAAGCAGCAUGACCACUACCUGAGACAGCAGGAGAUCCUGGAAAAACAUAAACUGAUUCAGGAGGAACAAAUCUUAAGAAAUAUCAUACAUGAGACUCAAAUGGCAAAAGAGGCACAAUUAGGAAAUCAUCAGAUAUGCCGUCUGGUCAACCAGCAGCAUAGUUUACAUUGCCAGUGGGACCAGCCUGUGCGCUAUCAUCGUGGAGAUAUCUUUGAAAAUGUGGACUAUGUUCAGUUUGGUGAGGAUUCAUCAACAUCCAGUAUGAUGUCUGUGAACUUUGAUGUUCAGUCAAAUCAGAGUGAUAUCAGUGAUUCCAGCAAGUCUUCUCCCAUAGCCCAUUCUAUUCUCUGGAUCUGGGGCAGGGACUCUGAUGCAUACAGGGACAAACAGCAUAUUUUGUGGCCUAAAAGAGCAGAUUGUACAGAAAGCUACCCUAGAGUCCCUGUUGGUGGGGAAUUGCCAACAUAUUUUCUGCCUCCGGAAAACAAAGGACUCAGGAUCCACGAACUCAACAGUGAUGAUUAUUCUUCAGAAGAAGAGGCCCAAACCCCUGACUGUUCCAUAACUGACUUCAGAAAAAGCCACACUCUGUCCUACUUAGUCAAAGAAUUAGAGGUCCGCAUGGAUCUGAAAGCCAAAAUGCCAGAUGACCAUGCACGAAAACCUCUGACCUUUUUGAGCCUUGGAAAUGCUUACCUUGCUCUGAAGAAUAUCAGUGGGGCACUUGAAGCCUUUAGACAGGCUUUGAAAUUAACUACCAAAUGCCCAGAGUGUGAAAACAGCCUGAAGUUAAUCCGCUGUAUGCAGUUUUAUCCUUUUCUGUACAACAUCACCUCUUCCGUUUGCAGUGGUACAGUGGUUGAGGAGAGUAAUGGUUCUGAUGAGAUGGAGAAUUCGGAUGAAACAAAGAUGUCAGAAGAGAUACUGGCUUUGGUGGAUGAAUUUCAACAAGCCUGGCCUUUGGAAGGCUUUGGGAGUGCACUAGAGAUGAAAGGACGGCGUCUAGAUUUGCAGGGGAUAAGGGUGCUAAAAAAAGGUCCCCAGGAUGGAGUGGCCAAAAGUUCUUGCUAUGGAGACUGCAAAAGUGAAGAUGAUGAAGCAACAGAAUGGAUCACGUUCCAGGUCAAACGUGUAAAGAAACCCAAAGGAGAUCAUAAGAAAACUCCUGGGAAAAAGGCAGAAUCAAAUCAGGCAGAAAAUGGACAUCAUCACCAAGCAAACCUGGAGAUCACUGGCCCAAAAGUGGCAUCUCCUGGGCCACAAGGAAAAAAACGUGACUACCAGAGUCUGGGAUGGCCCAGCCCGGAUGAGUGCCUCAAACUCCGCUGGGUAGAGCUGACUGCCAUUGUGAGUACCUGGCUCGCAGUUUCUUCAAAAAACAUUGACAUCACAGAACACAUAGACUUUGCCACCCCGAUACAACAGCCAGCGAUGGAACCCCUUUGCAAUGGCAAUCUCCCCACCAGUAUGCAUACCCUGGACCACUUGCAUGGAGUUUCCAACCGAGCCAGCCUGCACUACACGGGUGAGAGUCAGUUAACAGAGGUAUUGCAAAAUCUUGGCAAAGACCAGUAUCCACAGCAGUCACUUGAACAGAUUGGCACUCGAAUUGCCAAAGUUUUGGAAAAGCAUGGAAUGGAAGCUCAAACCCUAAUACUCCCUUCUUGCCAUUUUCCGUUCUUCUCCCAGGAUGUGCCCCUGAUUAGCCUGGCCAACAUCUUGCACAAUGCCAAGCUCUGGAACGACGCCGUCAUAGUAGCCACCAUGGCAGUAGAGAUUGCGCCACACUUUGCUGUGAACCACUUCACGCUGGGCAACGUCUACGUGGCCAUGGAAGAAUUUGAAAAAGCACUGGUGUGGUAUGAAUCAACACUGAAGCUGCAGCCUGAGUUUGUCCCAGCCAAGAACCGAAUCCAGACCAUCCAAUGUCACUUAAUGCUGAAGAAGGGGCGGCGUUCUCCUUAGUGUACUUCUUCCUCUCUUUCUCUUUACUCAUGCUCUUAAAAAAAAGAAUAAGAAAAGAAACCAAUCAUUGUCAGUAUCUACUUUUAAUGAUGUGUUUGAAAAUAACCGAGUAAGACUUAUAACAGGACUUUUACAUAUGUGGGAAUUGGUUUGUUUAUGUUUUUUAAGUUCCUUCUUUCCCCCAACCAACCUCAAAAGAGACAUCUUCAGAAACAAAUUUCUUAAAAGGAAAAUGCAGCUUAAAGAUAUUAUGUAAAUACUGAGCCAAGACUUUUCUGGAGCUGUGCUCUGUUUCCAAAACCUCGAUGCCUUUAGGGCUUUUCUCAGUGGUCCAGCCGGCCUCCUCUUUGGAGGAGAACGAAACCACCUUGCACAUUCUCAGCUUCCUGUCGUAGCCUCUGUUGUCAAUGGAAAUGCAAAAGCCCAUUUGGUGCCAGUCAGUGAGAAGCAAUGUUCUGCACUCUCGCCGUUAGAUCUCCGUGCUGUCCCCAGUCUUGUCCGUUCCAUGCUGCUAUGUUACAAACUCUCAGAGGUAGUUUGCAGGGGAAAAAGGGGGAAUGAUUUUACAAACAAAAUAUUUACAACAACAAAACUCUUAGGAUCACCUGACCUUUGUAAUGUUAUUUAUGUUGGGGAGGGAGGGGGGCUGAGAAGGGGAAAUCAGCAGUGUGCAACAUCUUUAUCAUUUGUACUUUAAUUACAAAUCACAAGGAAACCAAUAAGUUGAAAUCUUAUGUAACAGGUUUAUAUAUAUAGAAUAUGUAUAUUUGAAGCCCUCUACAGACUGAGUCUAUGUUUUACUAAUUCUUUGUUCGCCGUGUUACCCAUCUCGGAAUAAGGUGUGAGUGUCAGCUCCCUCUCUCUGAGGCCCUCAGACUUAGCUCCUCGGAGAGAGAAAUGAGCCAGGGUUGAAUGUUUCCAUACAAUGCUUUUACCUUUGGUCCCAGGAGAAUCAGAAACUCCAAUAUUUUGGAAUCUUCAAGGGCACAUACUGAAAACAAAAAUAAAAGUUGUUUAUGAGCAAA